UAUAAUCCAAAAUUUUCAUCUUUUUGUAGAUAAAAAUUUACAAUAUAUACUGGUGCCGCUAACCAAGUAAUAUCUUGUCUCAUUGCAUAUUGUCGCGAUGAAAAAUUUAAGCUUGUGUCUGCUUAUUGUAACGGUGUACGCCGCAUCCGCGGUGCCCGUCGACUCAAACAUUUCUGAAGAUAGAGCGAAGCCUCAAUUCAUCGAGUUCCCCGAUGGUAAGGAAAACAUACCCGAGGCUGAGCCCGACAUGGAACUCCUUGCAAAAAUCAAGAGAGACCCCUCCAACAUCAAGUACACUUUAUACACCAGAGACAACCCCGUAAAUGGACAAACAUUACUUGCCAACAAUGCUACUAAUAUAUUUUAUUCAAACUUCAAGCCAGCUGAUCCCACUGUGGUCAUUGUUCACGAUUGGCUACCGAUGCAGGAUAGUAGGAUGAAUAUACAUCUCACACAGAUUUUCUUGACAGUCGGUAGCUAUAAUGUUAUUGUUAUGGAUUGGAGAUUUUUGGCAAACUCUAACUACAUCACCGCCACUAAUGGUGUAUCAGCUAUUGGACGUAGUCUUGGACAGUUCUUGGCCUUUCUGAACCAAUUGACGGGAUCAUCUAUAUCCCAGAUGCACCUAGUUGGUUUGGGAUUAGGCGCUCACACUAUUGGUUUCGCUGGAAGAGAACUUGAAGGAAAAGUUGGUCAUUUAUCUGCUUUAAAUCCUGCUGGUCCUCUGUGGUACGAUAAUCCAGACCGAGUCAACUCUAAUGAUGCUGUAUUCGUCGAAGGAAUCCACACUGAUUCUGGUUUGGGUGGUUAUGGUAUUGGAAAGAAUGUGGGUGAUUCUGACAUCUACGUCAAUGGUGGUAACACACAACCAGGCUGUUUUACUAGCGUCUGCAAUCACAAUCGCGCCUGGCAUUACUUUGCUGAGACUCUGAUGUCGAAUCGCAUGCUUAAAUAACUUACAGAUGACCCCACCAACCAACAAAGUGAUUAUUUUAUGAUCCGGAAUGUACCGAUUAGACACUGGUAGGAGGUACCCGUAUUAAUUUGAUAUUAUAAAAAUACAAAAUAUGAUAUUAUAAAAAUUCUUUAAAUACAAAAUUGUGUAAAUUUCGAAAUAAUAAAUACAAUAUUGGCAUA